AUGCAGAAGAUUCGAAAUUUUCUCGUCGUCUCGCUUCUCUCAUUCGUCCUCGUCUCGAUACCCAACUCGAUAUCGCUGUUCUCCGAGCAUUUCGGCAAGGUGGCCGAUCUCAUCUCAAAGCCAGCCACGUGGCUCAGCUGCCUCAAUUCCGGCGUCAACAUUCUCGUGUACAUCGCGCUCAUCGAUGAGGUUCGCCAUCAGUUCCUCUAUCUCAUCGGUCGUCGAGCCGCCCGAAUCAGCGGCGAGCCAUCCUCAUCGCAUCGUCGCAGCACUUUAGUCAUUACUCGAACCCAAUAA